GUCACGUGUUCCCGAACACGAUGGUUUUUAAGCCGCGGUCAUGCGUGGUCCCAAAUCCGCCCUCCGCUUUGAGGAAAGGCGUCAGUUCUUCCGUAAGAUUCCAUUUCCCCGCCUCACUUUGCCGCUUCCCCACCAAGGGUUUUACACAUGCUGACUCGACCUAACCUGCUGCGGCCUUUCACCAGUGAACCACUCGCUACUCUCAGCAGCUUCGGAUUGGUUCGCCUUCCCCGAAGCCCUGUCGUGCGAUUGGCUCCGCCGUAAGACCGGGCUCCCGCCCCCCUCUCCGGCACCCAGCAGGUUCGGUUGCGUUCUCGGUUAGCUAGUUCCUGGUCUGGUUCUAGGCCCUCGUCCGGCGGGGGAGGGGCGGGAGUUGCUGCUGCUGAGGAGCUGCUCAGGGAGUCGGACGGGGCCAUGUUGCCCCGAGUGUAGCGGCCGCAGGACCUCCACCCCCGUCGUCGACGUCGUCCUCGUCCUCCUCCUCAUCAUGAUCAUAGAGAACGUGGACGCGCUCAAGUCCUGGCUUGCCAAGUUACUGGAGCCAAUAUGUGAUGCUGAUCCAUCAGCCUUGGCUAACUAUGUUGUGGCAUUGGUGAAAAAAGACAAACCAGAGAAGGAACUGAAAGCAUUCUGUGCUGAUCAGCUAGAUGUAUUUCUACAAAAAGAAACUUCAGGUUUUGUUGAUAAACUCUUUGAGAGUCUGUACACCAAGGAUUAUUUGGCUCCCAGUGAACCAGCAAAACCGGAGUCAAAGCCUGCAGGUCAGGGGAAAGAAGAAAUCAAAGAAGAGGAAUCUUUUGAAGAAGAGAGAGAGAGCAAAAAGAAGAAAUAUACUAGCCCGCAGAAAAAUCGUUCAGAUCCUAGUGAACAAAGAAAUAGAGAACGAAAAAGAGAUGAUGGUAAAUGGAGGGACUAUGAUAGAUACUACGAAAGGAACGACUUAUACAGAGACAAAUAUGACUGGCGAAGAGGAAGAAGUAAGAGCCGCAGUAAAAGUAGAGGUCUGAGCCGGAGUCGUAGCCGCAGCAGGGGCAGAAGCAAAGACCAGGAUGCGAACAAAGACAGGGACGCAAACAGAAAUAUUGAGCACAGAGAACGAGCCAAAUUCAAAUGUGAAAGGGGUGACAUGGAGAGCUCGUAUAACCCAGCGUCUUUGUCUUCCAUCAACUCGAGUGAGCAGUAUUCCUCUGGAGCACAAUGUAUUCCCAGUGCUGUGACUGUGAUUGCACCUGCUCACCAUUCUGAAAACACAACAGAAAGCUGGUCGAACUACUAUAGCAAUCAUUCUGCUCCUAACACAUUUGGCAGAAAUGCUCCACCAAAAAGGCGUUGUCGAGAUUAUGAUGAGCGAGGAUUUUGUGUGCUUGGUGACCUCUGUCAGUUUGAUCAUGGAAAUGACCCACUGGUUGUAGAUGAAGUAUCUUUGCCAAGCAUGAUUCCUUUUCCACCACCACCUCCAGGACUUCCUCCUCCUGGAAUGUUAAUGAUGCCUACACAAGGCCCAACUCACAGCAUGCGAGUGCCUGGCCCGCAAAUGCAUCCUCGGCCGCCGCCACCCGUCAGAAUUCCUAUACCAAGACCUCCUUUAUCACAGUCAAGUUUGAUCAACAACCGAGACCAGCCAGGAACAACUACAGUGCCCAGCCUUGCACCAGUGGGAGCAAGACUACCUCCUCCACUACCACAAAAUCUACUAUAUUCAGUUUCAGAACAUACAUAUGAACCGGAUGGUUAUAAUCCAGAAGCCCCUAGUAUCACCAGUACUGGUAGAUCACAGUAUCGGCAGUUUUUUUCAAGGAUACCAAUGCAGCGUCCAAAUCUUAUUGGCCUAACGUCUGGUGAGAUGGAUACAAAUCCAAGAGCUGCAAAUAUUAUCAUCCAGACUGAGCCUCCAGUUGGCAUUACAAAUAACAACACUAGUGUCUCCAGAGUGGUACUUGAGCCAGAAAACAGGAAGCGAGUUUCAAAUACCAUAGAAGGGCCAACUCCAAAGAAACCUUGGAUUGGAAAACAAGCAAAUAACAACCAGAAUAAGCCAGGAUUUCUGAAGAAGAACCAGUAUACAAACACCAAAUUGGAAGUUCGUAAAAUACCACCAGAACUGAAUAAUAUUACUCAACUUAAUGAACAUUUCAGCAAAUUUGGAACAAUUGUCAAUAUUCAGGUUGCCUUCAAGAAUGAUCCUGAAGCUGCUCUGAUUCAGUACUUAACCAAUGAUGAAGCCAGAAAAGCCAUUUCCAGCACCGAGGCUGUGUUGAACAAUCGGUUUAUACGAGUAUUGUGGCACCGGGAAAACAGUGAGCAGCCCCCAUUGCAACCCUCUCAGCACCAGCACCAGCACCAGCCACCUCCAACAGUUCAUCAACAGCUUCAUUUGCAGCAACAGGUGCUGGCUCAGGCUCCAGCAGCAACCAUGCAUAACACUAUGCCAAAGGUGACUAAGCCAAUGACAUCAGGUGCCUACGUCCUUAACAAGAUUCCAGUUAAACAUCGGCUUGGAGCAACUGGUGGAAGUCAGUCAGACUCUCAACAUCUGGUACUUAACCAGUCAAGUGCAGAGGAUGCUCAGAUGUUUCCUGCUUCAGCUGGCCAUACAAAGAUGGUUUACAGUUCCUCCAGUUUGAAAACAUCCAUAAAACCUGUUGUAGGAAAUAAAUCUCAUGAUGUCCAAGAAGUUUUUAAAAAGAAACAGGAGGCAAUGAAGCUGCAGCAAGACAUGAGGAAGAAAAAGCAGGAAAUGCUAGAGAAACAAAUAGAAUGUCAAAAGAUGUUAAUAUCAAAAUUGGAAAAAAGUAAAGGUAUGAAACCAGAAGAAAGAGCAGAGAUCAUGAAGACACUGAAGGAGCUAACAGUUAAAAUUUCACAGUUGAAGGAUGAGUUGAAAACUUCAUCUGCUGCUACUGCGACAUCAAAGCUGAAAUCCAAAACAGAGGCACAAAAAGAACUUCUGGAUGCAGAACUGGACUUUCAUAAAAGGCUGUCUUCAGGGGAGGAUACAACUGAAUUAAAGAAAAAGUUGACACAGUUACAGGUGGAGGCUGCCCGCUUAGGUAUCCUGCCUGCUGGUCGUGGAAAAGCGAUGUCUGGUCAAAGCAGAGGACGAGGGCGUGGACGUGGAGGCAGAGGCAGAGGGAUGGGGAAUCAUAUGGUAGUAGAUCACCGUCCCAAAUCACUAACCAUUUGGGGAUUCGUGGAAGAGGAGAAAGAUGAGUUACUGCAGCACUUUUCAAAAUUUGGAGAUAUUGAAGGCCUUCAAGAGGAGGAGUCUCCUUUAAGUAUUGUUUUGACAUUUAAGUCGCGUUCGGAAGCUGAAAAUGCUGCCAACCAAGGAUUAAAGUUCAAAGACCGGCGACUUCAGAUAUCAUGGCAUAAACCCAAGGUACCCUCUGUAUCUACGGAAACUGAAGAGGAAGAACCCAAGGAAGAGGAAACUGAAACCUCAGAUUUAUUUUUACCAGAAGAUGACGAUGAUGAAGAUGAAGAUGAAGAUGAAUCCCGCUCCUGGAGGAGAUGAAACUUGAAGUGGAAUCACAUAGUUUUAGAUUUUCUUGGUCUACAACUUAAAAAAAUUAUUUAAAGAAAGUCAGUGAGCCAAAAAUCUGCUUUUGUUUUUCUUUUCAUAUGUAUCAGAGAGCAAGCAUAAGUUUGACAUAUAAACUUAACGAAUAAGUAGCUAUGAUCAGCCAAAGGCUCAAAGCUUUCACAGAGUUGUGAAGGUGACUUGAUCCUCUACAGAUGAUAUGCACCAGUCUUUCUAACCCAGUUUGUAUUAAUUCCUUUUUUAAAAUACGAUUAGUAUAUUGUCAGUGACAAAAAAGGCUUUAUAUACUACUGUGGAAUCCAAGAUGAAAACUCUAUGUGACAUUCCUUUGAAUAGCAACAUGGAUUGAAUUUUCUGAUUAAGAAAUCCCUUCAUUAGGGAUAAAUCAAUUAAUUGGUUGUGUAACUUUAACUUCUCAGAUUAUCAAGAAUUUGACAAGUAUGUAGAAGACAUAAGUUUUCCUACAUUCCUCUAUUUGAGAUAGGCUAUCUAGCAGAACUUACUCUCUAACAGCACUGAUGGUAACGUCCUGUCACAAUAUUUCGAUGACUAUCAAUCCACAGACAGACCUUUUUGUUUAUUCCUUGAGUGCAGUUCACCAACUGUUGCUGUGCAUUCCACAUUUAUUGCAGUGGAACAUAUAUGAGCCUCAUACACAAUUUAUAUUAAAAAUGAAUACACAGUGAGGCUUGAAGAGCAACCAACAGUGGUGAAUGUGUGUUAGCCCUUCCAAAGUAGCUGUCCAUUAUACCUCCUUCUCCUUUACUGGUUGAUAUCUUUUUAAUUUUUUAGGCUUAUACAGUAUUUCAUUUAACUUAUUUUUCCUUUAGCCCAAGAAGUCGCAAAUCUAAAAUAAUCCAGUUUUAAAAUAAAUACUGAAUCAGAGCUUGGAGUGAUACAGCGCUUAACUCCAAACAAAGCAAGUUUUAUAAAAUGAAUGUUAUGCAGGAGAGGGAAUUACGAGACUUUGGCUUACUCGGAUGCCUUUUUUCUGCAUGCUUUUGGAUUUCUCCUGCACAUACAUCUUUUUAAAAAGCACCACAUGGUAACUGAUAUAGAUUGUGGGGAAAACUUGUUAAUAUAAUUCAGCUUUGACAGGGCAAUAGAUAUUCUUAACUUGUGUGGUCUGUUCCUGUUGUUAAGCCUAAGCACAUUAUCCUGUGUCAUUACCUUCAUUUUUAGUGCCUCUGUACUGUACUCAGUAGAAAUGAGUACCAUAUUAUAUAAAGAAAGAUGUUAAGCUAGUGCAUUCUGAAUGUAAAGGUCAAAGAAAUAAGAGAGAUUUUACUGUAUUAAUUUCUGUGGUACUAAAACAAUAGUGCAGACAAAUAGAAACAUUAAUUACAUCUUUUUUUAGAAGUCCUGUAUUCAAAUAUGUCACUACACCUGCUACUAGAUCCACCCUACAUAUCAAAAGCCCUAAAUCAAUUAAGCUUUGGCUCGCAACAUGAAGUGUUCCUCUUCAUUUUGAGUACAGUUUACUCAGUAUCCAUAUAGUAGUAUGUAAAGUCCAAAUCAUAAGCAAUUUAUGUUCCAGGUAAACUUGAAGAGAAGUGUAAUCUGACAGCAAUUUUCCCCUUUACAUGACAGCCUUGGUUUUCUAGAUUAUUGCUACAUUCCUAGUAAUGUUGAAUCCAACAGAGUUAAGUUAUAAGGAAAAAAGCAUGAACAUUGCACAUCCUAACAGGCAAAGCCUUGCUCUUUCAUUUCCUGUAACAUAUAUUGGAACCCCUGUGGCUCAGUAUGUAGCCAUCAGAUGCAUCAACUCAUCACAGCAGAAUGCUUUGGAAUCUGGAUAGUUCAAUCAAAUGACAGAGGGAACAAAGGAUUUAUAUAUAUGUGUGUGUGCGUGUAAAUAUAUAUUGUACAGGGUUUUUUAAAGAACUGUAAUUUUGUAAAUAUUUUGCUUUUUGUGUACUGAAACUACCAGCAUCUAGAUUUCCAUAAAAAUUCUUGUAUUUUUGUAUUGGAAGAUUACAGUGAGUGAGUGAAGCUGUAAGAGAGAUUUCCAUAGCCUUUAGCAUAGUUAGAACAGAUGGGAUUCCUUUUCAUAUGGUUUUAAAUAACAUUUUGUUAGCAUUCUGUUUAGACCAGGAUGACUGUCCUCUGGAUUUUUCCCCCAUGGAGAGAGAUAUAUAAGGGCCAAUAGGGAAAUGUUUUGUUCAAUGAGGGUUUUU